UAUUAUUCUUUUUAAUUUUUUUAUAAGACUUGUGCAAAGCCUUUUAUUUGUUUAAGCAAUAAGGCCUUUCUGGGACUUUGAUCAGCAUGGCUAAUGUUUCUUCAAAGAUUAACUGACGUUCUUUAAAAGUGCAUCAGUUUCCUUUUAAGCAGGUAUUUACUUACCACGUAACUGGGUGUUGAGUGCUAUGUAGUUAUAAAGUUUGCUGGGCUCAGCUGUAGAUUUCCUCAAGACAUACUGCUGACAUCACUGAAUCUCCUCUCAGAUUCCUUUCCCUCUCUCUCCCUCUCUCCGGUUUCCUCAUUCAGGUAAUUCCAAUUCAGACUCUUACCAACUUGCCUUUGACUGACAGAGAGUUAAGGGAGACUCUUUGGGGAACUUUUAAAAACAUACAUAUAUGUGCUUUAAUCUAAAGUACACCCAAUCUUCUAUAAAAGGUUGCUUGGCUUGUCAUGACGAUAACAUCUAAUAAGGAAUCUGAACAUUUUUUUUUGCAGGACUGAAGCACUGAAAAUGGAAGCCACUCAGAUCAAUAUGUCAAGUGCUCCACUCAUUAAUGGUGGCAUCAAUGCUCAGCUCAAGACACACAGACCUCGUGUGAUGUCCAAAAGUGGCCAUAGCAAUGUGAGGAUUGACAAAGUGGAUGGUAUAUACCUGCUUUACCUUCAAGAUUUGUGGACCACAGUUAUAGACAUGAAGUGGAGAUACAAGCUUACCUUGUUUGCUGCUACUUUUGUGAUGACCUGGUUCCUCUUUGGAGUUAUCUAUUAUGCUAUUGCAUUUCUCCAUGGAGAUUUAGAAAGGAAUCCAUUCUCUGAUAAGCAUGUACCCUGUGUUGAGAAAGUAAACUCACUAACUGGAGCAUUUCUCUUUUCUUUGGAGUCACAGACAACCAUUGGUUAUGGCUUCCGUUUCAUCACAGAAGAGUGUCCUCAUGCCAUUUUCCUACUAGUUGCCCAACUGGUUAUCACAACUUUGAUUGAGAUCUUCAUCACUGGUACUUUCCUGGCCAAAAUUGCAAGACCCAAAAAACGGGCUGAGACUAUUAAGUUCAGUCACUGUGCUGUAAUUACCAAGCACAAUGGAGAACUUUGCCUUGUAAUCAGAGUGGCAAACAUGCGGAAAAGCCUUCUGAUUCAGUGUCAGCUGUCUGGAAAACUUCUUCAAACCUAUGAAACCAAAGAAGGGGAGAGGAUCCUUCUCAACCAAGACAGUGUCAAAUUCCAUGUUGACUCCUCUUCAGAAAGUCCUUUUUUGAUUUUACCUUUGACCUUUUACCAUAUAUUGGAUGAAAAUAGCCCUUUAAGAGAUCUCACCCCCCAGAACCUAAAAGAAAAGGAUUUUGAACUGGUUGUCUUCUUGAAUGCCACAGUAGAGUCUACCAGUGCUGUCUGCCAAAGCAGAACUUCUUAUAUUCCAGAGGAGAUCCACUGGGGUUAUGAAUUUGUACCUGUAAUUUCUCUUUCUCCAAAUGGAAAAUAUGUUGCUGAUUUUAGUCAGUUUGAGAAAAUCAGAAGAACCACAGAUUCUACCUUUUAUACUAUGGACUCUGAAAAACAGAAACUAGAAGAAAAGUACAGACAGGAAGAUCAGAGAGAGAGAGAACUGAGAACAAUAUUAUUACAGCAAAGCAAUGUUUGAUUGUAUGUGCAAAAUUGAACAUUAGUAACUUUUAUCUACAAACUGAAACCAAAGCAUAUUCUCUAUGCUGUAUACCUGUUACGAAGGCAGAGUGGAGACCUUUCAGCAAACAGCUUUGGCCUGGAGUAUCUAUCCCUUUGUCAAGUUGGGGUGUUAAGUAUUUUUAAUUAGAUGGGAUUUCUUUGCUUAUAUUAUUAACCUAAUACAAUAGGGUUUAUGUUAUGAUUUUGCCAUCUCCCAAUUGUUAGAGCAAACAUGCUACUUACCAUUUGGUAAGUGUAGUUUGAUACAUUAGGCAGAUUUCUUCAAAUAUUUAUUUGUCAGGGUUUAAUUAUAAAUAUGUGAUCUCAGACACAGCAUACAGUUCUUUUUCAAAUAGAUAUGCUCCUUUAAUAAGUGUAUUCUCAUACCAGAUAUAUAUUUGCAUGGGCUUCCUGGGAUUGAAAAUAUACCAGUAUGAAAAAAUGGUUCAGUUAAUGAGGAAAGAUUCUUCACCUGGUAAAGGCCAUCUUGAAUGAAAGGCAAUGACUUGCAUACUAAUAGUUUUGCUGGGUUGUGGUAAAUGGUGCUCUCUGUUGCACAAGGGGCCUUUUGUUCCUUAAAUACUAAUUUUUUAUCAUGUUACUGGUUUAUAUUUAGUAGCUAAAGAGGAAGUGAAAGGCAGGUAACAAAAAAUCAAAAUGGUAAUUCACAAAGGUUAAAACUGACUUUGAUAGACCUAUUGCUAUUAUAAAGUGUAAAUAAUUUAUAACAGUAGCAUAACAAUACAUUUCUACAGAUUACUUGCUUUGCUAUAGGUUGUAAUGAGUCUUGGUUAAAAGAAAUCUGAAUGACUUCUGUAGACAAUAUUGACAUUUUUUACAUCUUUCUACCUUGAUGGACAUGCAUUCCUUUGAUCCAUUUCCAUUAAACCAGGUCCAUUAGACCAUUCCAUUAAUGAAGGGAUUUCAUCUGAGUGAUUACUGAUUUCUUUGUGGCACCGCAAGAUGCUGUAGUACUGUACUUAGAUUCUGAAACAACAAAAUACUUAGUAUAUUCAGUUAUAUAACAAAAACCAUAGAAUACAGUUGAUUUCUUCAAAUGAUCAUAUAGUGGGGAGUAAACCCCAUUCAAGAGGAAAACCAGCACGUGAAGCAGUGUUGGGUUCGUAACAUACUUGCUGUAUGUAGAACAGCUGUCACAUAGAACUUAAGGCAAAGGUGCAUGAACAAAUUAUUAUGAAGUAAGUGAGGAUGGGGGUUUUCCUUGGAUCAGCUACUGUACUUUACCUGCCAGUGUGCACAUCUGACCCUGUGGAAGCUAACUGACAGCACCUUAGUCUAUUCAUGAAAAAAGAAAACUAGGAAACUUAACCAGUAAUGCUUAAAGAUCCAGGGCUUUAGGAUUAGGCAAUGACUCCCGGAUUAGGUAAUAACUGAGCAGUAGUUUUGAGGAUCUAAAUUUUGGACUUAGAUGGCUAAAGUGGCAGUUAGAUGUCCAAAUCUUUUUGUCCAUCUGCUUUUCCAUGCAUACCAUCAGGGUAAAUUGCCCUGAAGCACUGUCUAUUCCAUUCCACUCUCAGGGCCUAUUCAUUAGAUCACACUGAAGAAGCUUGUCAUCCAAGGUAAAUACCAUUCACGUUCAAAGAAAGCAUUAUAAAGUUGAAUGUUCCAAAACUGCCAGCAAAAAGAGCCUUUGAUUUUAAACAAGCCAACAACACAAGGUAAACAUGGUAAAGCUCUGGCAAAUGAAGCCAGUUUACAUUAGGCAACAAUAUGUUGAACAAUAAGAUAUGAUACAGGCUUUUAUUUUAGGUUGGAAACAAAUUCCCAUCUUGUAAUGAUCUAUAUAUUUUCCUUUCUGCCUUCAUGCAAGUGUUUAACUCUCACUGAUAUUAUUAUAAGUUCAGUGUACAUCUGGAAUGGAAAAUAGGUCUCUCUGCAAUAUAUUAGUGGUAUAGAACUAAACGCAAUAGGUUAUUUAAACAAAAUGACAUGUUAAACUGCUAACUGCUGGGUUUUAGACCAGAGAUUUAUGAUUAGAACCUUAUCUGGUACAACAUAGUGUAGCUCUACUGCUAUGCUGAUUUAUUCCAGUUGAGGAUUGGGACUCGAAGAUUUGGCAUCAUGGAAAAGUAGAAAGGAAAACCAUCACUGACAUAUCUAGACCAAACAUCCAUCCUGUGAGGGGAAAAAAGAUUUAUGCACGUAUGAUUUAUGGAAUGAGUUGAGCACUUUUCAUUUUUGCAGGCUGAUUUUUCUUGUUUUCUUCAGUUCACUGGGAGUUGGGAAACCCAAAGUGAUGGGCAUGCCUAGUUAAAAUCCUUGGAUGUCUUUACAUAUGCUCUGGGGUGGUUGGAGGGAGAGGGUGGGGGGUGUUAAUUAGAGCAGCUUUCAGGAGCUGCUUUAAUUAAAAUGCCUACAGUGUCCUGUCUAUUCGGCUUCAAAAUGAUGGUGGUGGCACUUAAGCUUGUUUGAUGAGAUUUAGUUAAAGAACCUCUGCCACCAUUUUGAAAUGCAGGGAUGUUGAAUACACAUGAUGCUGAGGCUUCUCGAUCUGUUUCAAUUAAUCAGUCCCAAUUAAUUGAGUCUGCUCCAAUGUGCUUUAAUUAGAAUGUGUUGGAGCACAUGUCUGGCACGUGUAUAUGUGCCCCUUGUUUAAAAAUGGCCUAUAAUCUAUAUUAAUAUAUCAAGAUUGGUAACUACUAGACUUCUUAUAGACUUUCUGGUGCUAAUCCCUACACUGAGAAAGAUGCUAGUUCACUUUACCAUGAUCCAAACUAGAGCUGGGCCAACUCCAAAGAAUAGGAUCAUAGGCCUGGAAAGGACCUCAUCAGAUCAUCUAGUUCAGCCCCCUGCUCAGGGCAGGGUCAUCUCUGAUUCAACCAUUCCAGACAGGUGUCUUUCUAAUCUGCUCUUGACAAUGUCCAGGGGCGAGGAUUCCACACUUUCUCUAGGUUGCCUGUUCCAAGGCUUAACCACCCUCAUAGUCAGAAAGUUGUUUCUAAUCUCCAAUCCAAUUUGGAGGCCAUUGAUUGUAGUUCUGUCCCUUAUAGCUGCAGAGAAUAGUUUGUCUCCAUCCUCUUUAGGUGUCUGAUGACUGUUAUCAAAUCCCUCCCAGCCUCUCUUCAUCAAACUAAAUAAUCCUAGUUCUUUCAGCCUUUCCUCAUAAAUUGUUUUUGGGUCUCUAAUAUUUUUUGUCACCCUCCACUGGAUUCCUUCUAAUCUGUCCAUUUCAUUCUUGAACUAUGGGACCCAAAACUAGACACAGUACUCCAGGUGAGACCUCAUUGGUGCUGAAGAAAGAAGAAUCACUUCCUUUCAUUUGCAAGUGACACACCUGUUUGUACAACCUAUUAUGCUGUUGGAUUUUUUUUUUUUGCAACAAGAGCACACUGUUGUCUCAUUUUCAGUUUAUGAUCCACUGUAACUCCCCGGUCCUUCUCUGCAGUACUGCAACCUAGUCAAUCAUUCCCCGGCCUAUGUAGGUGCAUACAAUUAUUCUCUCCCAAGUGCAGGGCUUUGCACUUGUCCUUGUAGAAUUUCAUUGGCUUGAUUUUGGGCCAUUUCUUCAGUUUAUCCCGAUCAUUCUGGAUCAUAGCCCUACCAUCCGAAGUGUCUACAACUCCACCUGACUUAGUUUCAUCGUUCAGAUCUUUAAUUGAAGAUGUUGAACAAUACUGGACAUAGAACAGACCCCCCUCCCCCUCCACUGGAUGCCUGACUGAUGUAUUAGAGAUGUGUUUGUUAUUCAAAACUGUACAGCACAGAAAUAUGAAUGAGUUCAGCCUUUGGAUUAUUUAUGAACUAUUUCCUAUGUCUAUGUCUUCAGCUCUCCUAUGCCAGUUUUUUGUGACAACAGAUAACUAAAGUGACAUGGAAUAGCUUUUGCUGCUCUUUGAAAGAGGAAAGAAGAGCGCCGAGAUAUUCCAGGAUGGCCUGGUACACACUUCAGGCGUCUGCCUACCACCAUCAGAUCCAUUUGUUCAAGUAUAUCAGAUACAUUUGUUUAGAGGCCUUUGCAACAACAACAACAGCGAAAAUAAAUAUCUUUAAUGACUGCAAUGAUAAAUAAAAUGGGUCAUGAAUGCUGAAGUGAAUUCAUGAUUUUAUAUUUGAACAUUGGCUGCCACUACAUUUGUCAUUUUAGCCCAGCUCCCAUCAGAAUGUUCCCUAUGACAGACUGACCACAAUACAGAAUAGUAAUGACUAUGCAUCAGUGUUGUUAGCUCCUCGCUGUACAGCACAGCCGAAGACGGUAUUAUGCAGAUCUUGCAUAUUAAGUACUAAAACUCUGCUUGACUAAAAUGUUAGCAUUUACCUGCCCCACUUACAUUAUUAGUAUUUCAUGAAUAAUGGAAGCUUAUGCUGGUGAAUCCCUUGAACAUAUUCUGUGAAAAUAUU